UUCACUUGGACCUUUGCCUUGUCCUCCUCCUCCUCUCAGGAUCCCUGCUUGGAUUGAUCCCGCACCCUGCUCGCUUUUGUAAGAAAACAGAAGAAGAAACGACCACCCCCGGCAGGAUUAGGAGCGUGGAGGACAUUUGUUCAGUGGGCGACAUGAGGGAAGGCGGAAUAAAGCCUGCAAAGUGUGUGAGAGGCUGAACACGCUGCUGGUGAGUCCAUGUGUGUGAGAGGCUGAACACGCUGCUGUCUCAUCCACCACACUGACUUUGGAAGCAGCGCCGCCAUGGCGAAGUGGCUCAAAGACUACCUGAGUUUCGGCAGCAGGAAGGUACCGCCCCAGCCUCCCACGCCGGACUACACGGAAAGCGAGAUCCUAAAAGCCUACCGCCUCCAGAGGGAACUUGACUUUGAGGACCCGUACGAAGACCCAGAAAACCGGUCCAGGGCCGAAUCGGGAACGUCCGAGCCCGCCACCCCUGUGUAUGGCUCGCCCAUGAAGUCCUCCAACGCAGACGUCAAAUCCCCCAAACACAGACUCAUCAAAGUGGACUCCCAGGACCUGGGGCGCACCAAGAUCCUGCUGAGCGCAAUCUCCUUAGAUGACCAGCAAGAACCUGCCGUGCCGUCUGCUCCACUGGCAGGGGACACGGACUAUUCUGACCCGUUUGAUGCCCGGUCGGACCAUCGACCAGAACCAGAUGUGAGACCGGUUCCCUCUGAGAACAAUGGCUACAUGGACCCUUAUGAGGCCCAGAGUGUCAUAACAGAACUGCAGCGCGGCCCCGCAGGAGGAGGCGGAACAGGACAGAAACGGGGCGGUCUGCAGCUGUACGACACCCCGUACGAAGACGGGCGAGGCCGACAUCCGGGCUUCCUGUUCGGGGAGAUCCUGGAGGAAGGCAAGGAGAACAGCAGGCUGCCGCAGGACGACGAAAGACCGGCGGACGAGUACGACCAACCCUGGGAGUGGAAGAAGGAUCACAUCUCCAAAGCUUUCGCAGUGCAGUUUGACGGGCCAGAGUGGGACCGCUCCUCGUCGCCCACGGAGCGCCUGCGUCCACCGGGGCCCUGGUCCAGCCCGCUGGCGGGCGGGGGCGUGAAGUUUCGGAUGCCCCAGGAAGGCCUCACCAUGGUGGGCGAGAGAGUGGACCCCGCCCUGCCCCUGGAGAAGCAAGUGUGGUACCACGGUUCUCUGUCACGGUCCGAAGCAGAGUCUCUGCUGACGCUGAGUAAAGAGUGUAGUUACCUGGAGCUGCCAGGGUUUCAUGCACAUGAGGUUCAGCCAGUGCAAGGACGGCAGGUUCGUGCUGGGACACACCAGCCCGCCCUUCGACUCCAUCCCCGAGCUGGUCCACUUCUACACCACGCACAAGCUCCCCCUCCGCGGCGCAGAGCACCUGUCGCUGCUCUUCCCCGUGCUGGUGCAGACGCUCUGACCCUGGACCCAGGACCCAGGACCCAGGACUCCUCCAUUGAAAGUGAGUCCUCCCAGGUCCUGUUCUUAUCUUCCACCUACCAAGUCCAAGGAUGGAGUGUCAGAAAAUGCCAGGCCUGAACUCUGAGCUGGAAGCAGACUUCAGGACUUUCUCAUUUGCUUUUUUGUGUUCCCCCCGAGAGAAGUCAGUGACGCCUGGAAAGAAGAAGUUGGGAUAUUUUUUAGGCUCCGUUUGCAAAAGAACUGAUCUGGUUAACACUGGUCAUGUCCUCUUUUUCACCUUUGUACUACAAACAC